AUGGUAAACUAUCGGUUAAUAGCGUUAUGUGGUGCAAUACUUUCACAGCUGUUGGCAUUUGCUUACAGUUCAAGUGAAAUGGAAGAGUUUGAAAGACGAUCCAAUCAAUCACUAUUGUGGGCUCCAUAUAGGGCCAAUUGUUACCUAGGUGUGAGACCCAGGUACGUCAGCAAGACCCCAUUCAUAAUGGGGUUGAUGUGGACGAACACUGGUCAAUAUACUGCUAUAAGAAAGUUGAGACAUCUUGUCGACAUGGGUGACAACAUGGAGAAGUAUGGGUGGGAGCUGUACGAUCCAAGAAUGGGUGGCAAGCAGGUGAUAUUGGACACCGAAAACAAUAUGAAUUUAACAAUAUAUUUUGUCAAAAGCCAUAAUGGUGAAAAUUGGGGGUUUCGGGUUGUCGGAGAUACAUUGAAGAAGGAAAAAGGCGGCUCUAGUGGUUCCAUAGUUUAUUACAUGAACCAAAAUGGUGAUUCUGGGAGGAACUAUCUGUUGGCCAGAGAUUUAAGUAAUGAUAACGUGAACAUGUUUCAAGGUGUGAACGAAGAAAUGGGGCACUAUGAGGUGAAAAUAGUAGAAGUGAAAGGAACAAAGCCAUCUGGUAAUGUUAUCACUGCAGAUUGCGAUCCCUCUAAGUCUUCUCAUUUAUCUAUAACUAUCCCGAAUGAUGAAGCGUGGAAGGCUAAGGAUGUUUUCCAGAUGUUGAUAAGUGACUCAAUUCAGGAUCACAUUACCAACUUACGCGAUAAAAUGACUCCAUCAGUGCUACCAUCUGCGUUCACGUUGAGGAAUUUCCACAAAUUUCCACCUGGUAGGUUCCAUUUCAUCCAAAAAACAUACGAUAUUUCUAAGGGUCCAUUUGAAGUUGAUUUUAUCUAUAACAAAGUCAAUACUAAAGAGCGAAUUGAAAGUUUAGAUCACCUAAUUUCGUCAACCAUGGACAGAAUUAGAAAUAAGUUUGAAAAAAAGUUCACUAUUAAGGAUCCAAAGUAUGAGCAAUUUGCCGUUGAAACUUUAUCGAACUUGCUUGGCGGGCUAAGCUACUUUCAUGGUGAUCAAUAUAUUGACAGAACUUCAAAUCUUGAUGAGGACAGCUUUGAAAAAUUUCAGCUGGAGCAUUCUGAACUGGAAGGUCCUGCAGAAUUGUUUUCCUUUGUUCCCAGUAGAGCUUCCUACCCAAGGGGCUUUUAUUGGGACGAAGGAUUCCAUCUUCUACAGGUCAUGCAAUAUGAUUUUGAUUUGGCUUUCGAAGUUUUGAAGAGCUGGCUAAACUUGAUUGAAGACGAGAGUGGCUGGAUUCCUAGGGAAGUAAUAUUGGGUAACGAAGCCAGAGUUAAAGUUCCUAAAGAAUUUUUGGCUCAGAGUCCGCAUGUUGCAAAUCCCCCAACUUUAGCGUUGGCCUUUAGUAAUUUAUUACAAAUGGCACACGCUGAGCCGGGGAUUGAAUCCACACUUGGUGAGAUAGAUAUCGAUAUGAUAGAUAUCGAUGAUGAUAUUUUGAAAAAGAAUUUUGAUUUGCUUGCUGAAUAUUCUGAAGGAUUGUACAGCAAGCUCUUGAAGAACUUCAAUUGGUUUAGAAAAACACAGGGGGGAAUGGUCUAUGAAUAUUUGGAUUUAGUUGAUUUGGAAGGUAAAACUAUCCACGAGGAAGAAGGUUACAGAUGGCUUGGUAGAACAUACAACCAUUGCCUGCCAAGUGGUCUGGAUGAUUACCCAAGACCUUCCCCUCCUGAUAUUGGAGAAUUGCAUGUAGAUGCACUCUCUUGGGUUGGGAUAAUGGCAAGAUCUUUGAAACAAAUAGCAGGCUUAUUAGGCAAAAAUGACGAUUCUAAAAUGUUUGCAAAAAUUGAAUCAAAUGUCAUCGACAAUUUGGAAUCCUUACACUGGAGUGCUAAAGAUAAUUCAUAUUGUGAUCUAUCAAUUGAUGACGAUAACAAUGUUCGUAAAUUCACUUGCCACGAAGGCUACGUUACUUUGAUGCCUUUUGCCUUAAAAUUGAUCCCACGUGAAAACUCAGAAAGAUUAAGGGCAAUGGUUGACCUUAUGAGUGAUCCGGAGAGACUGUACACUCAAUUUGGGCUACUCUCACUGUCUAAAAAGGACGAGUUUUAUGAAACUGGUGAGGUCUAUUGGAGAGGUCCAAUAUGGAUCAAUAUGAACUACCUGUGCUUGGAUGCAUUAAAACACUACUUUGGGCCGGAUUCUGCAGCCGCAGUGGACAAAGAGUUACAACAAAAAGCCAAAUCCUUAUACCGUGAUCUCAGGGCCAACCUGUUAAACAAUGUCGUCAAAUGGUGGAGGAAAAAAGGUUACUGUUUUGAACAGUACAACCAAAAAACAGGAGAAGGCCAGCAAGCGCAGCAUUUCACAGGAUGGAGUGCUUUGGCUGUUAACCUUGCUGGAGUAUUUCCUGAAACCUUAUAG